UUUUUAGGGCGGCAGGCUGCCAAUCAAGUGGACGUGUGUGUGUGUGUUUGUAACUAUAUAUACUAUAUGCUGUUUGAAAGAACUAUCGGUGGUUGUGGAAAAUCGUGCGGCGAAGUAAAUCUUCAGUCUUUCCGCGGCCGUGACUAAGAAAAGUUGUGCAAUUCAAGGUGUCGCCAACAAAUCGGGCAAUGUUUUAAAAUCGUUAACAGCCGCGCAUUAAAGUGAUUUUUCCCGAGUGUUUUUUGGCUUUUCGCUCGCUAAACUAUAGUGAUUUGGUUAAGCGCGAAGGAUUAGCAGCAUGGCUGUGCGCUGUCAACUCGUUUGUCUCGCGAUCGUGGCAUUAGUUGGUGUGUCACUGGCGCGUCAUGAGGACUGUGAGAGUGCGCCCUAUGCGGAACAUUCCACUGUAAAAAUAAUCAAUGAAGAGGAUGCUGUGCGCGCCAUAUAUGAAUGCGAGGAGGGCUAUGAGUUGAGUGGCAGCAACGAGUUGAUAUGCGAUGUGGAUUCAGAUCUCUGGGAUGUCGAACCGCCAAAAUGUGAAAAAGCUGGGCUCUCGAAUGAGGUAAAUGCUGAGCGCACCAAAAAGAAGAAGCCGCAGAAUAUAAUUGAAGACAGACAUAUUUCUGCAGAAAUGGCCGCCUCAUUGGAUAUGACUUGCGUGCAGGCGAAAAUUACAGCACCCGAUAUAAGGCAUGGUUUCGUGCAAAAAUACGAUCGUCGGCGCAAAGGGGAACAUGUCUUCCUGGUGGCGCUUUACGCCUGUAAUGAUAACUUCGAAUUGGAGGAUGCCGACAUAACGACAUUAUAUUGUAGUCAACGCAAGUGGGUGGGUGAUUUGCCGACUUGUGUGGCGCUGGGCGAAUAUACCGAUGCGGAUGAAGAAGAAUACGACGAGUAUGAAGCGGUUGACGAUGACGAAGACGAAGAAGACGCUGCAGAGGAGUCUACCGAUAAUCGCGUAGCACCACCGCCACCACCACCACCAGCUGUCGCGGAAGUUGAGGAGAACGAGCAAGAAAUCAGCAAUGAGAUUGAAACUGCGGCGCAUGAAAAUACUGCGCUAGAAAGUGAGAGCGUCGCGCCAACCAAUACUGCGCCUGACGCGCCCGUUACCGAUGUCAAUAUUGUUGUUGCGCCCACACAGGAUCCCUAUACGCCACGUUAUCUCGAUGACAAUUGCGGCGCCGACAAAGGUGGUUGUGAGCAGAAAUGCGAGCGUUUGCUUUUCCCGGGCGAGAAUGAGCCGCGUCUGAAGUGUUCCUGUUUUGAUGGAUUCAGUUUGGAUCCCAACGACUAUGCCAGCUGUCAUGAUAUUAAUGAAUGUGAGCUUGAUAAUGGCGGCUGCGAGCAGCUUUGCAACAAUCUACCCGGUUCUUACCAGUGCGCCUGUGAGCAGGGUCUGCAAAUCAAUACGCUGACGGGCAAUACAUGCAUCGAUAUCAACGAGUGCUUGUUACGCAACGGACAUGGCCCGUGCCAAGACACCUGCCACAAUGAAUGGCGCGGCUACAGAUGCUCGUGCGAAGGUCUAGCCGGCACGCAAUUAGCCGACGAUAAUCACACCUGCAACGAUGCCGGCGAGUGCGCCAACGCCAAUGGUGGCUGCUCACAUCAGUGCCUCUCGUCGAUGGGGCGCAUCUAUUGUCUGUGUCCGAGCGGUUGGCUGAUGUCGACAGACGGAAAAAAUUGUGAAGACAUCAACGAAUGCGAGCAGCCGGAAGUGGCUGCACAAUGCGCCGGCGGUUGUGAGAAUACGCACGGCUCUUAUCGCUGCAUACCGGCGCUGAAUACACCAGAAAAUGGCGCAGAGGCGACCAAUGAAGUUGAAGAAGUGGAGGAAGCUGUCAAAGAAGUGGACGAAGUAGAAACAAAAGUCGAAAGUGAGCCCAAUGCGGAAGAAGAAAGUGAAGACGAUCAGGGCAUACGGCGCAUUUCCGAAAGUGGCCCUAUCUGUCCGGCCGGCUAUCGCGCGGGCGGCGAGAACUCAGACAAUUGCGUAGAUAUUGACGAGUGCGCUGAGGGCACAAGCGGCUGUGAACACUGCCUGAACACCGAUGGUUCGUACGAGUGCACCUGCCCCGGCGGUUAUGAUCUUGCCGAAGACGAACGCACUUGUGUCGACAUCAACGAGUGUGACGUUAUCGUAGAGAAUGAAGACGAUGCGGCGGCAGCGCCUACUAAACUGUGUACCGGUGGUUGUGAGAAUACGAUUGGCUCGUUUAUUUGUACUUGUGGCGCUAAUGAGCAUCUGCUCGAGGAUCAACGUACUUGUGUGGCGGACACCUGUCAAGAUUUGAAUAAUCCACAACUGAAUAAGACACGUUGCGCCCACCAGUGUGUUGAUUUGCCGAGUGGCGUUUUUGAAUGCGUUUGCCCAGCGGGUUACAAGUUGAGUGAUGACUUACACAACUGCGUGGUGGCUGAGAGCGUAUGCACCGUGGCGGGCGGCUAUGAAAGUUGUGCGCCCGGCGUGUGUGUGCCGAGUGAGGAUAACAGCGCCUUUAGCUGCGAAUGCCCGUCGGGUUAUGUGUUCGAGACGAAUCACUGUCAAGAUAUCGACGAAUGUGCUAAUGGUAUGCACGAGUGUUCACACGAGUGCUUCAACAAUUUAGGUUCGUAUCAGUGUGGCUGCCCGUUGGGCUUCGUUUUCGUCGAGGGCAGUAACGAACAUGUCUGCGCUGAUGUCGAUGAGUGUGCAGCGACACCGGAUGUUUGUGGUGCUCUGAAUUGCGUUAAUAAACCCGGCGGUUACGUCUGCUUAUGUGCCGACGGUAGCGAACCUGAGGCCGAGAGUGGCGCUUGUCAUAUCGCCGAUCCCUGCGAAGCGCAUCAGUGUUCACACCAAUGUAUUGCUGAAGGUGUGGGCUUCAAGUGCAUCUGUCCGGAGGGUAUGUCAUUGGCUGAUGAUGGCUUACAAUGUGCGUACAAAGAUGUUUGCACUGAGCAAAAUAAUGGCUGCGAACAUAUUUGCAAGUCGGAGGAGGAUGGUGCUUGUGCCUGUCACAGCGGUUAUGAAUUGGCUGCUGAUGGCAAAUCGUGUAUGGACGUCGACGAAUGUGAGAUCGGAAAUGGUGGUUGCCAUCAGGUUUGCAAGAAUUUUGCAGGUGGGUACGAUUGCGCCUGCGAACUGGGCUUUGAGUUUCUCGAUGGUCCGCUCAAAUCGUUUUGCUUCGAUGUGGACGAAUGCGCUUUGGGGUUGCAUAAUUGCGACGCUGGUACGCUUUGCGAAAAUCUCAAUGGCUCGUACACUUGCAUAUGUCCGCCUGGCUUUGCAUUGGGUUUGCCGCCGGUUUAUGCUUCGCUGCGCGCGUUACUCUCAUCCAUGCAGCCGGCUAGCUCAUUUGCCAAAACUUCAUCUAUCAUGUCAACACCAACCAUUUCAAAGACACAAAAUUCAUCACCAUCAUGCUUAGAUAUCGACGAAUGCUCCAUUUCGAACGGAAAUUGCUCACAUUUCUGCAUGAAUUUUCCCGGCAGCUUCCAGUGCUCCUGUCCGCCUGGCUUUACGCUAAGCUCGGUAGAUAAUCGCACUUGCUUGCUGGUCAAUGCUUGCUUACAGGACAAUGGUGGUUGCACGCAUGCGUGUGACUUCGCACCCGGUGUGGGUGUGCGCUGCCACUGUCCUACCGGCUAUGCUUUGGCUGCUGAUGCGCACACAUGUCUGGACAUCGACGAAUGCGCACGCGCAAAUGGUGGUUGCCGGCAGCGCUGUUACAAUACACCUGGCAGCUUUGAGUGUGCUUGUAGCGCGGGUUAUGAAUUGUCGCCGAAUGGUCUCGACUGUGUCGAUAUCGACGAAUGUGCCAAUGGUUUUGGUAACUGUACUUUUGUUUGCGUCAAUCUUCUAGGUUCUUACGAAUGCGGCUGCGAGGGCGGCUUCCAGUUAGGUGAGGAUCGUCGUACCUGCAUAGACGUCGAUGAAUGUGCGCUGGGCAGACACGACUGCUCGCACGAUUGUGUAAAUGUGGAAGGCGGUUAUGAAUGUAUUUGUCCGGAGGGCUAUCUGUUGGGUGAAAACAAAGCGACUUGUUUGGAUGUGGAUGAGUGCAUUGCCAGCGAUCAUGGUUGCAGUCACGGUUGCGACAAUAAAUUGGGCAGUUACGAGUGCACAUGUCCUGUAGGUCACACAUUGGCGGCGGAUAAACGGAACUGCAUUGCAACAACUCCGUUGGAAGUUGAUGUGCGCACCGAUGAGCUCGAUACACUGGACACCGCUAUAAUAGAUGUCUGUCUACGCGAUAAUGGCGGCUGCUCACAUAUUUGUAAUCCAGAAACGGGUUGUUCUUGUCCUAGCGGACUCGAGCUCUCCGUAGACGGCAAGACUUGCGUGGAUAUUGAUGAAUGUGCCUACAAUAAUGGCGGUUGUGCGCAGCUAUGUCAUAAUACCGCUGGUGGCUUCCAAUGUCUUUGCUCGGAUGGCGUAACUCCCGACGAUGGUGUAAGUUGUGUGACAAUUUGUCCGCCUGGCUUUGCUGUGAGCUCAGUGAACCCAAACCAGUGUGUGGAUAUUGACGAAUGCGCUACUCCCGGCGUUUGUCAGUAUAGCUGUCUGAAUACCAACGGCUCCUACGAGUGUGUGUGUCCUCCAGGUUAUGCGCUCCGCAAUGGUCGCGAAUGUGAGGAUGUCAACGAGUGUUUGCUGGACAACGGUGGCUGUGUCGGCGGUGAAUGCAUUAAUCAUAUUGGCAGCUUUCAGUGCAAGUGCUCGCUGGGCUACCGUUUGGCCAGCGAUCGUCGCACAUGCGAGCGUUUGCUUGAGUCACGCGAUCAAUGUACACCCUUCACUGCGCCGGCUAACGGUGACUUCCAUUGCACGAAAUAUCGCCACAAGCGCAAGCAUUUCUAUAAUACGCGCUGCAAAGUGUGGUGCAACCAGGGUUACCGCCUGGAGGGACCCACCCAACGUUUUUGCAAUGCUUCCGGUCAGUGGGAUGACUUUGAAAGCCGUUGUCUGCCUACUACUUGCCCCCGUCUACACCAACCGAUUAAUGGCGAGAUUGUACCCGCUGCCUGCACAGCUAGCAAUGCAGUCAUUGGUGAACGCUGUCAGCUGCGUUGUCAGCCCGGUUAUGUGCCCAUAGGCUUGAGCGUUGCCAUCUGCACCGCGGAACUGACUUGGUCACCCAAUGCCACCUUCGAGUGUGUGCCGUUGGCGAGAUCUCCAUUGCUACCUACUUUGCCUGUUAUUGGUGCUCAGCCACGUCUACCUUCCGUUGGCGUCGACGACUUUUUCCAUAGACCGAUAUUACCACAAGUGAGACCACCAACUGGUUUUGGUAGUUCCGUUGCUUCACAACGUCCCUACAUUAAAUGUCCGCAAAAUACCACCGUUUUUCUGGCCGAUGGCGCCACUACCGCCCACAUUAUUUUGCAAAAACCCAUCACUAAUAUGGAUUACCGUUACAUUGAGUCUGCGCCGGCUUGGACGCGCAAUAUGCAAGCUCAUUUAGGUGCUGGUCAACAUAUAGUGACAUUCCGCGGUCAAGAUCCCAUUUCGGGUAGACGCGCCAGAUGUCGCACAAUCAUCAAAGUGGAGCGUGCUGUUUCGCCUAGCGUGAAUUUCUGUACGCGUUCCUUCGAGGUAUCGUUGAGUCCGAAUCAAUUGCAACGCUCGGUGGUGUGGGAAGAACCGCGCUUCGAAAGCACACUGGGUCCACUGAAAAAACUCUAUAAAUCAAGGAUACCCGGCGAACUCUUUAAAGCUGGCAUACACCCGGUAUACUAUGAGGCAACUAAUAAGCAAGGCAUUACCGCCCGUUGUGAAUUCCAAAUUCUUGUGAAAGAAGCCAACUCCGCGGCCAGCAAUUCCUUGUCUACAUUUAACCCGAGCUACCCAACAGCAGUGCCCGCUGCUCAGUUGGCACCCGCACCUUUAAUGCGUCCACCCCCUCCACGGGGCUUACAGGCGAAAUUACUACCCGGUCAUGAGUCGUUUGUGAUGUGCCCCGGUCGUGCCCCGGUUAAGGUUACCGACGCCCAAUCUGUGACUUUAGAAUACGGCUGCGUCUUGAAAAAUAUACGCCGUGGAUCGCCGCGUCGUCACGCCCACCGCCGUUUGAUCGCCACAAAUUGGUCCGAUUUCACUGCCUUCUAAACGAAGUAGUAACUUAAGUUCGAACCUUUUAUAAUGGAAUUUAUAUUUUGUACUUACUCGUAGUUAAGUCAGCGUUGGCCAGUAAAGUGUAUUUAAACCAAAACAGCUUUUGUAUUUUAAUCUUAACUUUGUAUAUGUAAUCAUACAGUUUGUAUUCAAUAAAGAGAAUAAUCAUAUUGAAAAUGUACUUAAGAAA